AUGGUCGACAUAAAACGCGAGAAAAAACCAGUCCCGAUACUUCAGCAAAGCAGCGCUUUCGGAAGAGUGAAGAAAAACCGCAGCGCUCCUCCAGCAGCAUUCGUCUCCAAUCAAAAACUGCUCCAGGUCUUCCACUGCGAUCAAGGCGAACUGGAUCUGCUCAAGUUUCAUCUCGGAAAGACAUACGACUCUUUUCACGAAGUCCGGAGUAAGGAUGAGAUCUUCGAGUAUGUGGCAGAUAUCGAUUCGGACUUUCGUGAGAUGUUAGAUGGUCAGAGCGAAGCUAAAACUAAGCUUUGGUAUACGAGAGCAACAGCGCAAGCAGAAGAGGGCAAGGGAGGGAUGGGAUGGGAGGUUCAAGCACGUUUCUGGGAGAGUGGCGGGGAACGCGAUUGUGAUCCUGGACGACGACUGAAUACUAAUCUUGCACCAAUGCCAUUUGGCUCCCUUCCAUUUGCGAGUCGUGGUCCUCGCUGUUCAUCACACGGAGACUGGAUACUUUCCGGCAUCAGAUCUUUCAGCUGGAAUGGCUUUCUGAAUUCUGCUCGAGCUGAACAAGUGCGCAUAUCUCUCGGCCUUCAAAAUGGAUCUAUCCCUGACACAACAAGAUUCCGAUCUCCGGAGAACAUUCUCAACCACUCUGCAGUCUUCGAGCAUGAUCGGUCUUCGACAAAGCAGCCUUUGAUGGCGGAAAGACUCAGCAAUCAAAACAUUCUGCCAACUCAGACUUGUCCAAAUUCAGCCAUGGCGACUCAAGGGAACGCCAACACCAACUUCCCUGUGCACUUCGAUCCUGGACUCGAUAACAUUGCGAAUUGGAAACCAUCGACGCUCGCUGUAAGCCAUAACGCCACGAUUGAGCAGCUGCUAUCCCAAAUCAAGGGUCUCAUCAUAAGCGGUUUUGAUAAUGACGGCGAUGACCGGUUUAAGGUACAGAACAACGGACUCACGCCUUUCAUGGGCCACUUGACGCAAGCGUACAACAAGAAGAAUACUACAACCCAAGUCAGCGCGGAUACAAUGUGGACCAUUUGGUUCCGCGUGAGGUUUGUUUUCCCACUAUCAAAUGGCGAAUCGAGGACAAUCCAAUUGGAAGAUGGAGUUUGGCAACGACACCCUGAAGUUCUAGAUAUUGUAAAGAACCGGAACAACAUCAGUGGAUUGAGUACCGCAACCAUCCGAGUCUCUUUGGAAUUGGAGAAAUGUACUCAAAGCCGCAUCGCGACCAUACAACAUGAUAAGAAUUUGAAUCAUGUCGUUUAUCCCGUUCGGCAAAAGGUUGAGUACUUCAGAUGUGGUCUUGUCCAGAAUGGUGCGCCCCAGCUUGACAAGUAUGGCUUGCUUGAGGUACCUAGAGACCAAGCCGGAAGCCCAGUCGAGCGGAAGAAUGUCAUCAUUGCUCGUUACGAAGAGAGCAAUGAGAUGGCGCUGAGUGACGAUUUCAGAUUGAUGGGAACCUGGAAGUUCGGUUCUGGAACUACGUGGUUCAGAAUCGGUGACCCAGACGACGCCGGUCAAGGCCACACACUUGGCACCUUCGACAGUAAAACAUUACUCACCCAAACGUUUCAAGUGAAUGGCGGAAACCCACCUUUCAAUGGUCUCCAUGCUACGUUCGCUUCUCACAAGAGGGGUCAACAUCCCAGAGAAAUUCCGAAACUCCCUCCAUUGACCGGAAAUGUCUUCCCUCGUCCACAGCAAUUGCAGGAUCCACAGAACCAAUUGCCUAACGGAGUAUCUUGCACGAUCAUCAUCCGUGUUGUCUAUCUCGUCACAAGCUUUACCUUCGAUCACCUGGAGCGGAAAAGUCCACGAAACAUCAACUUUUCUGUGACGAACAACACGACGUUCGAGGGUCUGGCGUUUAGGUUGUGGAAGCAGUACGGCGGCGGAGGACAAGAUCGCAUCCGUGCCGGCCUCACGCUUCAGAACACUAGGAGCAAUUGGUGGAUCAUGCCAGACCGUACAGGACGAAGAAACUCCAGUGGACUGCGGAUGUGCUUAUGUAUGCUGAGUGUCACAUCCGCAAUGGCGACGCUCCGCCGAUGUACCUUGCGAAUGGUACAUAAGACUUGCGAAGACAUGCGCGAUGAAGAAUGCGUUGCGCGAGAGGUUUUCCGUAGAAUGCGCUUUCUAACAUGUCUUGGCCGAUUGAUGGCAUGGCCAUCCAGACUCCCGAUGAGUCGCGAUGGGAUCAACUUCGCCUGGUGGAAGAAUGCGGGAACACUCAGCAACGCUUCAUCCGCUUCUGAAAUCCAAGGGAAGCUUGCGGUCGAAUUCUUGCUCGUGGUUGUCGAUCGUGAUGGGGUCGUGGAUAGGAGAGACUUUGCUGGAGUCACAGAUCGCGAUGACGGAGCUACCAACGUGGGUUCCGAGACGGCAUCCUCAACUUCAUCAUCGUGUCCAGGCCAACGCUGCACAAGAUCGGACUUCCUGAAAUAUGACUUCCCUGUACGAAGUAGCUAUCAAGCCACGUCAGCAACCGUGACAUGCAUGCUCGUCGGCAGGGCUCGAGGCGAUGCAGAAUUACCAAGAGUGUACCAGCUCGCAUAUCGACCCCAGCCAUCUCCUCGAUAUACCCACGGACAAUAUCCAGGCGCUGUCCCCUUGGGUGCUUGUAUACACAAUUCCCAGAGCACGAGUUCGAGCGCCCAUAUAACCACAGCAGUGACCGAAGACAUCAAGAUCCACGAAGGCCGGAGCCGGUCGGUCCAUAGAGCAAACAUUUCCGAUGCUGUAAAGGCGAGGGAGACAAGCGGAAUCGUACACCAAAAGAAAACCAAUUUCCGAAUGAAACUCACGCUCGUAUCAACGACGAAUGACUUCGUGCGUAGUCCGGAGAAUUCUCGUAAUCAAGCUCAAGAGCCACUGCCUAUCAACGCCGCAACGAUCGGCAUGGCAGUUCGCUGCCAUCCCUUCCAAGGCGCCCUGAUAGCCAUACCUACCGACAUGACUUCCUACCUGUCUGUAUACUCCAAGCUCGAAAAGCCAAAGCCACUCUCAUCUCAGCACACAUAUUGGAUGAUCAAAAUUUUGGGAGGGAGUGGUGAAACUCUUCAGGAUUCAUCCAGAAGGCUUUCCACGGGGCGCAAGAGAGCUGGAAAUAAACAAUUCGGCGCUGGAUUGGGGCAGUGCGGCUUGCGCGACCCGAAUGGCGUUGGCAGCCAUGAGGAACAGGAGCGGGAAAGGAUAUAUAUGGCCAGCCUCGUGCUACAAGGCUACAUCUCGAGCAUUUCCUUCGUGGUUGAUUGUGUCUUGCUGACGGCAUGGAGGCAUUGCAAUGGCCUGAGUUGGACACUGUCGGUGAUGCUGAAUAAAUCGGUAUUGCAGAUGAGCAAUCUGGGGCGCGGAGUGGCAUCGUUUGCGAAAGAUUUGGUCGAAGCCAUUAUGGGGGAUGAAUUCAUCCGUGCCAAUGUGGCGAUCGUGCCGUACCUCUUCCGAAUCAAUAACAAUCCCUUUAUCAACUACAAACGAACAGAACCUAGUCACGUAGUUCAGCUUCCACCCUACAUAUCCCGCCCGACACAACACGAAAACGAAACCAACCAUCACGCGACGCGAAUACCAUUCCGACAAACACCACACAAUCUCUCCAAACAAAAACAAAAUGCCUCCUCCAACACUCAUCAAGCCACUCCAAAGGCAGCAUCUCGCGCCGUUUUCAACGCCAUUCCUCCAAAAAAAAAACUACUACUCGAAACCUCAACACGCCUCGAAAACAACCACAACCACACGAAAUCAAACCUCCAGCCUGCCUUGACCUUCUCCUUCAAAGACCUAGGGGCCUCCCCACUCACAAAAACAUGCCUCUACAUUUUCGCAGGAAUACUUGGGACGAUGGAAACAUACACGUACGGAUUGUGGGGUUAUAAUACUUGGUGGAAACCGAAGUGGAAAUGA